AUGGAUAUUCGUAUUUUACUUGUAUUGGAAUUAGGUACCUUUAUUCGAGGAUUAGAAACAACCGCUACAUAUGACCCGAAAACUAGAGAAUUUAUCUUAAAUACUCCUACUUUAACGGCUACAAAAUGGUGGCCUGGUGGAUUGGCUAAAACUGCCACUCAUGCUGCUGUGAUGGCUCAAUUGUGGACUCAGAAUAAGUGUUAUGGCCCACACUUAUUCAUUCUCCAGGUUCGUAGUCUAGAAGAUCAUACUCCUCUACCUGGAAUUACCCUAGGAGACAUUGGCGAUAAAUUUGGGUAUAACAGCAUUGAUAAUGGCUCUAUGCAAUUGAAUAAUGUAAGAAUACCCCGCGAUCAAAUGUUGAUGAGGCAUUCGAAGGUUACACUUGACGGAACCUAUAUCCCUCCUAAAAAUCCCAGACUAGCUUACGGAGCUAUGACUUUAUAUAGAUGUCAAAUAUUGAUCAUAUGUUCUGGCUAUUUAGCACGAGCAUCUACGAUUGCCGUUCGCUACAGUGCAAUACGCCGUCAGACUGAAACAAAACCUGGUUACGAACCUAAAGUCUUAGAUUAUGUAACUCAACAAAACAAACUAUUCCCUCAUAUCGCUGGCGCUUAUGCUCUUGCAUGCACUGGUCGUUACAUGAUAGAUUUCGGUAAAAGAGCUACUGAACGGUUAAAACUGGAAGAUCUAAGUGUCCUAGCCGAGGUUAGACAAAUUUCUGAUUUCAUAGGAUAUAUAGAAAUGUUAAAUAAUACCUACAUAAAUGAACAAAAUUCUGGUCAUAUUUAUAAUAAUUGGUUAGCGUCUUGCACAUACGAAGGCGAAAACACUGUUAUGUACCUUCAGUCAGCUAGAUAUUUACUUCGUUGUGUCAAGAAUCCAAAGUCUGCACCUUUAGGUGUAUCAGCAGUCUUACAUAAUCCACCAGGUAAACACUGGGAUGUUAAGAAUAUGCAAGAUCUAGAGAAGACGAAUACAGUACUAGAAGCUUAUAGAGCUAGAGCAUAUAAAAAAGUAGCUAUUGCUGAUAAAUACCUUCGCGAAUUACAAUCUGGUGGCGAUACUAGUUACGAUGCUUGGAAUAAAUCCGGAAUUAAAUUAGUGGAUUGCGCAAAGGCAUUUACUCACUAUUUCGUAAUAAAGACAUUCUUUAAUAUGAUUGAGAAAUCGCGCUUGGGACAAUCUUGUCAUCUACAGUUACAUAGACUAUCUAUUCUGCUAGCUUUACAUGGCAUAGAUCAAAAUACUGGCGAUUUUAUGCUCGACAACUUCAUCGAUUUUGAACAAAUCAAACUCAUUCGAGUAAAAAUAUUAGAACUAUUUAGUGAAAUUCGACCGGUCGCAGUUUGUUUAGUUGACGCAUUCGAUAUACCGGAUCAGACGCUACUAUCUGUUCUCGGUAGAUAUGAUGGCGACGUUUAUAACAAACUAUUCGAAUGGGCAAAAGAGGCGCCUUUGAAUAAAACUCAAGUACAUUCAUCAUAUGAUAAAUACCUUCGGAACCUGCUUACAAGCAAGUUAUAA